CUUGAACAUUAGUCGAGUUACGUUCUCUCGUGCUAAAUCAGUGCCGGUUAAAACAGUUCCAUUUUUUUAUAUUAAAAAAAACUGUGUUGUGUUUUUAUCUUUUACCAUUUCCAUCUUUGGAUUUUUUGUAAUCGAUUCACGAUGACGUGUCUGUGAUACAGUAGCUUUGGGCGUGAGUAGCGCCGGCUUCCAGGAUGACGUCAGAGCGAGCGAUCCCACAUCUUAGGGAUAUUUUUGGCCUGAACCAACAAUACGAUGCCAAGAGCUUUGACGAUAACGAUGACAAAAACAAAAAGAACAAGAAGAAAAAGGAAGACUACCGCUCUUACGCCAACGGAGAUGUGAAAACACUGGAAAGACACCUCAGCAUGAAGAAAACUAUACGAAAAAAAAUCAUGCGCGAUUUACAGCAGGCGUUCGUUGAAGACCCUAACGAGUUUAAGGUCGAAAACACGAGCCCCGAGAAGCUGAAAGCAGAGUUGAGUGCCGAAGCUGUCAAGAUCGAGAAGAACGUUCGGAAAAAUGAUCCGACGUUUCUUGACAUGCUCCGAGGAGAGACGAGAGGAGAGGAGGCACGGGAGGAGCAGCCUCCUGCCGAAAAGACUAGUUUCUGGCGGCGUCUCACUAUGAAGAAUAAAAACAAGAGAUAAAGCUAUUCUCGUUAGCCGGGAAACACAUUACUCCGUUUCGUUCUAAAUCCUUUUGUUAUCCUCGUCGCGUGUUUCUAUAUCCAUUAGGCUAUAUGCUUGUAUUUCUACUUCAUUAAUGUUCAUAGAUUCGGCUACACUACGACUGACAUACAUUAUGUAGCCAAUGAAUUAAUUGCAUAAUACCAUCAUACGAUAUAUCUAAACUGGGACCUAGUUAUAAGAAACCAACUAUAAUAUACGCACAUAAUAGGCUUUUGAGACAUUUUUCUGUAUUUAUAUAUUACCGAAAUG